GCGGCCCCGGCUAGAAUUGCAGGAGUGGGAAGGGAGGGAGCCGCGGGAUCUCAAGCCCCAGAGCGCGCUGCACUCGUUUCUCCGCCAAUGACUCCAGAGCUCGGGCCCAAGCGUCGCCCGUGCAACAUCCCUGAGCUCCUCCGAGCAAGAGUUGAUGAAAACCAACUUAACCGCUUCUGCUGCGGGAAGCCAUGAGCUGUCUGGAUGUUAUGUACCAAGUCUAUGGUCCUCCGCAACCUUACUUCGCAGCCGCCUACACCCCCUACCAUCAGCAGAAACUAGCCUAUUACUCCAAAAUGCAGGAAGCCCAGGAGUGCAACGCCAGCCCCAGCAGCAGUGGCAGUGGCAGCUCCUCAUUUUCCAGUCAAACUCCAGCCAGUAUAAAAGAGGAAGAAGGCAGCCCAGAGAAAGAGCGCCCACCAGAGGCAGAGUACAUCAACUCCCGCUGCGUCCUCUUCACCUAUUUCCAGGGGGAUAUCAGCUCUGUGGUGGAUGAACAUUUCAGUAGGGCACUGAGCCAGCCUAGCAGCUACUCCCCCAGCUGUACCAGCAGCAAAGCACCAAGGAGCUCUGGGCCCUGGCGAGCAGACGGCUCCUUCCCGAUGAGCCAGCGCAGCUUCCCCGCCUCGUUCUGGAACAGCGCAUACCAGGCGCCAGUGUCCACCCCGCUGGGCAGCCCUCUGACCUCCGCGCAUUCGGAGCUUCCCUUUGCUGCCGCGGAUCCCUACUCGCCAGCCGCGCUGCACGGCCACCUGCACCAGGGCGCGGCCGAUGCCUGGCACCACGCGCACCCGCACCACGCGCAUCCACAUCACCCCUACGCGCUGAGCAGCGCCCUCGGCGCACAGACCGCUGCCUACCCGCGGCCUUCCACAGUGCACGAGGUCUACGCGCCGCACUUCGACCCGCGCUACGGGCCGCUGCUGAUGCCUGCAGCCUCCGGCCGCCCCGCCCGCCUCGCACCCGCCUCAGCGCCCGCGCCCAGCCCUCCCUGCGAGCUCGCCACGAAGGGCGAGCAGGCGGGGGGCGCGUGGGCAUCGCCCGGGGGACCCUUCGUGAGCCCCGCGGGGGACGUGACCCAGGGCCUGGGCCUCGGCGUGGACUCAGAUGAACAAUGCAAGAAGGCCCUCAACUGUGUCUGUGAGAAGGAACUAGAAAUCAUCACAAGAGGAAAAAAUGCCCCCAUGGAGUCAACAACACCGCAAAUAUUUUUCUCAGUCUCUGUGGUUGUGAUUGGUCACUUUCGUGUUGGGACAGGGGAAGGGGUCUAUGUGUAGACAAAGCUGAAGGUGAUGAGGAAGAAGAAAUGAACAUUAAAGAUGUCUAUUUACUAUGAGCUCACUGUGUUGUUUCAUAUAAAAAUGUCUUAGUUCUUCAGUACAAUAAAAUAAUUUAUAGUAGUAUGAUCUGAUGUCAGCAAUAUUGAGAUACACACACACUUUUUCUAAAUGUGCCAUGAAGUCUGUUACCUCCUUUCCCCCUCACAUCUAAUCUGGAGAUAAGAAGUUAGGU